CCUCUCAGUCACUGUCUAACAUGGCUGCUGAGGCAAAAGCGUAGAAACUCGGAAAACAUUUGCUCUCCAGCUCUGGGCACUUAGUUCAGGGUGAAGAAGGACGGAAAGAGACACCUUUUAAACUCCACUCGUUGAGGAAACUUAAAGCUUUGCUUUCCCAUGCACUACCUGACAAACUUGUGUAGGACCAGGACAGUGUACUGAGGACCACCACACUAUUGGAGUCGUUGGGGAAUUAGCUUGGCAGGCAAAAUGUUUCCCGUAAAGCCUCUGAAACCAUCUUUCAAAUCCUACCUCCCUUCCCUGCAGACAGAAGUGAAGAAAAGUCCCCAGCCAGCUGUAAGGAAGUUAGAAGCAAAACUACUCCCAGGGGAGAUUGUUGUCAACGAAGUUAACUUUGUAAGGAAAUGCAUUGCGACUGACACCAGUAAGCAAGACCUUUGGGGGAAACUGGUCUGCACAAACUUCAAGAUCUCUUUCAUUACUGAUGAUGCAGGGCCUCUUCUGAAAUUCCAGUACAGAAACCGGCUUCUAGGAGAACAUGACAUUCCCUUAACAUGCAUUGAGCAGGUGGUGACAGUAAAUGACGCAAAGAGGAAGCAGAAGGUGCUGGGAUCAAACCAGAAGCUCAAAUUUAAUCCCACCGAGUUAAUAAUCUACUGCAAGGACUUCCGCAUUGUGUGCUUUCGUUUUGAUGAAGCCGGACCAGAGGGUGCAAAAAAGGUUUGUCUUGCUAUUGCCCAUUACUCGCAGCCAGCAGACCCCCAGCUCCUCUUUGGAUUUGAAUAUGUUGGAAAGCGGUAUUAUAACCCAGCUGGAGACAAAGUAAACGGUGUAGACCCAGGAGGAGGAGGCGGCGGUGGUGGGGUCGAGGGUGUGCAGACUCCCCUAUUCGACAGGUCCUCUGACUGGGACAGAGAGAUCAAACGAACCGGAGGGUCUGAGUGGAGAGUGUGCUCUAUCAAUGAGAGCUAUGUCAUAUCGCUAAGUCUUCCUGAAUACUUUGUGGUUCCAGUUUCACUGGCAGAUCAGGACCUCAAACAGUUUUCAGUUUUUUUUACUGGACAACGCAUCCCACUGUGGUGCUGGAAUCACCCAAAUGGGAGUGCUCUGGUGAGAAUGUCUAGUAUUAAGGAUAUGGUUCAACAAAGAAAAUUAGACCAAAGGAUCUGUAAUGCUGUCACAAGAAGCCAUCCCCAAAGGAGUGAUGUUUACAAGUCUGAUUUAGACAAGAGCCUUCCUACUGUUCAAGACGUCCAGGCUGCUUUUGUCCGGCUCAAACAUAUCUGUGUUAUUGACCCUUUUGAAGAGUCAGAUGAGAAAUGGCUGUCCUCCAUGGAAAGCACGCACUGGCUGGAGUAUGUCAGGUCAUUCCUGAAACACUCAGCUGAGCUUGUGCAUGUGCUGGAUGGAAAGCAUGUUUCUGUCAUUCUGCAAGAGGAGGAAGAUCGGGACCUGAACUGUGUGAUUUCCUCCCUCGUUCAAGUGAUGCUGGACCCUCAUUUCCGCAGCAUCGCUGGCUUCCAGAGCCUGGUGCAGAAAGAGUGGGUGAUGGCAGGGUACCGAUUCCUCGACAGGUGUAACCACUUGAAGAAAUCUGAUAAAGUGGAGUCUCCCUUGUUCUUGCUGUUCUUGGACUGUGUAUGGCAGCUGCUGGACCAAUACCCUGCAGCCUUUGAGUUCACAGAAACCUACUUGACUGUGUUGAGUGACAGCUUAUGGAUCCCAAUCUUCAGCACUUUCCUUUUCAACUGCCCUCAGCAGCGGGCAGAGCAGAGCAGAGAAUUUGCGAGAGGUAAAAACAUCCACUUGGGAGAUGAAAAGGUUCUUUGGUUUCCUUCUGUCUGGGAUUGGUCCCAGCAGUUCACAGCUAAAGAUCAGGCUCUGUUUAACAACCCUUUAUAUGUUGGGAAAAGUGCAACCUGUGUACAGAACGGAGCUGUAAAAACAUUUAAAAGGACCAAGAAAAACUACAGCUCCACCCUGCGUGGCAUGCCUUCCCUGAGGAACGGGCUGCUGAACGAGCAGGAGUUCAUUCCCAGGAGGAAUUCUUUAGUGCUGAGGCUGAAACCCGAGUUCUCUCUGCUGAAGGAGCCCCAGGAGAGCCCCUCAGAUCAGUAUAUUCGAGACUGGUUUUCCAAGCCUGCUGACCUUCAAGGUCUGAUCCUUCCCCAACUUCUUUCCUCACACAUCAAAGUGUGGAAGCUGUGUUUCUUGCGCUGGAUUCCUGAGGCCCAGAUUAACAACGGAGGCUACAUCACUGCCUUCCACAAAGUGUCUGUGCUGGCAGACGAGAUUGAGAUGCUGCAGAACCGACUGCGCCAGUACAAAGGAACCCCCUCUACACUGGGAGGCUCCCCCGAAACAGAACGAUGCAAGAUGUACUUCCGAGCAAGCAACCUCCGUGGCACUCCACCAACCCCUGAGUACCUGACCUCAUCGUUCCCAUUUUCUCCCGUCGGGAACCUUUGUAGGCGCAGCAUUCUCGGGACCCCGCUGAGCAAGUUCCUAAGUGGUGCCAGAAUAUGGAUUUCCACAGAGACACUGGCUAAUGAGACACUUUAAGCAUGUUGUGCACUGGAGGGGGAAUCAAGAACCUGGAGCAUUUAUGAGUCAGGUUUCAGUAGACAUCAAAUUGCACCCAAUGGGAUCCUAUAGAGAAUAAUGUUACUUUAGUGGUUUAAUUUUGCACAAGAUAUUUCAAAGCAUUUUGAAUCUAGCUUUCAUUUGCACAAUAUGUUGCCAUUUUUUUGGCAUUCUUUUCAUCAGCAAAAAAUAAGCAUAUAUUUUUAAAACAUUUCAAGGAAUGCAGUUUGCAGCCAAAGAUGCAAUUUAUUUUUUAUUGUAAACUAACAGAACAUAACUAAAUUGGUUUACUAUUAAUUACAUAACUAUUUGGAAGAUGACGUUCUUGAAUUUCUGAAGGGAAAAUUGAUUAAAACUUCUGCAGUUUUGCAGUUUGAGUGUUAGAAAAAGAAAAUCUACAGCAUUUAUUCUAUGGUCGUGGAUGCUUGUAGACACAAUAUUAUGGGCUUG